AUGGAGAACCAACACUUCCUUCUGAUAAGCUGUCCUUUCCAAGGCCACUUAAAUCCUAUGCUCCAACUUGCCAAGCACCUAAUACAAGCUGGUGCAGCAAGGGUCACUUUUUCCACCACAGUAUAUGGCCUUACUCAGAUCAAAACAUUCCCAUCCCUUGAUGGCUUAUACUUUGCCUCCUUCUCCGAUGGAUUUGACGAUGGAAUCAAACUUAACAACAAUUUGCAAGACAUGAUGUCUGAACUCAAGCGUGCUGGCCCCCAAACUUUAACCGAACUCCUUAAGACCUUAUCCAAGGAGUGCCAUCCUGUCAGCUUCGUAAUCUACACCCUUAUCCUCCCUUGGGCCGCUGAUGUUGCACGGUACAUGUCAAUUCCCUCUGCUUUCCUCUAUAUUCAGUCUGCUACUUCACUUGCUCUCUGUCACCAUUUCUUUAAUCAACAUGAUGGUGUAUAUGAUCUUUACAACAGUAGUGAAAACGAGCCUUCAAGUUCAAUACAAGUACCUGGGUUGCCACCAAUUGGAACCAAAGACAUCCCUUCUUUUCUCUUACCAAAUGGUCCAUACUCACACUCAACACUAGUUCUUGCUUUUCGACAUCACAUCCAAGUCCUAGAACAAGACCCAAACUCAUGUGUGCUCCUUAACACUUUUAAUUUCCUAGAAGAAGAACCAAUAGCAGCCAUUGGUAAAAUAAAUCCAAUCCCAAUAGGACCAUUGAUUCCAUUUGCAGUUUUAGACAAAAACCACCAAUCAGACACAUCUUAUGGAUGUGACUUAUUUGAAAAAUCUACAGAAUACACUCAAUGGUUAAAUUCAAAGCCAAAAAGGUCAGUUAUUUACGUUUCAUUCGGAAGUAUUGUUGUGUUGCCAAAAAAUCAAAUGGAAGAGAUGUUGCUUGGCCUAAUUGGUACUCGCAGGCCAUUUUUGUGGAUAAUCCGCCCUUCAGAUAAUAAAGACGCAGAAUUUGAAGAGAUGAUUAGGAAAAAAGUGAAUGAAGAAGAAGGGUUGAUAGUUCCAUGGUGUUCACAGAUGGAGGUUCUUACACAUGAGUCCAUGGGGUGUUUUAUGAUGCACUGCGGAUGGAACUCAACUAUGGAGAGCCUAGUGGCUGGCAUUCCUGUUGUGGGGCUACCACAGUUUGCUGAUCAGACAACAAAUGCAAGAAUGAUAGAAGAAGUGUGGAGGAAUGGGGUUAGAGCAAGAGUGAAUGAAGUUGGUAUUGUGGAAGCAGAAGAGAUUAGGAGAUGUCUAGAGAUGGUGAUGGGAAGUGGGAAGGGCGGACAGCAAAUAAGGAGCAAUGCUAAGAAGUGGAGUGGAUCGGCUUUGGAUGCUGUGAAGGAUGGAGGUUCUUCGCAUAACAAUCUCAAAGCUUUCCUGGAAAAGGUUACCACUUCAUCAAAGAUGAUAAAUGAUGUAUUUGACGCAGGAGCUGAAGAUAAACCUAAAGACGCAACUAAACCAAAGGGGGAAUUAGAAAAAGUUCAGUCAUUGUUCCAGUAG